GGAUUGCGGGGGGAUCCAGGGACGACACGCGGCCCCAACCUCCCCCGUUCCUUUCCGGUGUCUAGAAAUCUCCCUGACAAUCCUGCAACCUAAAUCUGCCUUUCACGUCACAGAACCACCCCACCCCCACUACCCCGACACACCUUCGCACGUCUUGGUGCCCUCAGAACCCUCACUCCUGCGAUUUCCCGUGCUACGCCCACAGAGCCACCUUUCUCUCCUGGAUGCCCCCCAAAUGCUUCCACCUCCCUGAAGUUCCUCUGAUCCAUCGGGACCACCACGACCACCAUUCGUCUUGCACCACGUUCAUAUCCAGAAAACUGUUCGUUUCCCCAGCCCUCUCAUAUUUUGAGGCAGUGUAACCUCUAACUCCCGUUUCUAAUCCACACCUAUCCCAGACCUGAGCCCCCUACUCCCGUUCCACCCAAAGUAAUCCCUUUCAUUGGGCUGUGAAGGGGAAGUUUUCCAAGAAUGCAGAGCACAAGGGGCCCUUGGAAAUUAUAUCGUUUUUCCAGAGAGGAGGGUGGGAUUUCAAGGGUCUCCAAAAGUCCUGGUUUGUCAUCUUGUCUACCUGGGGCUCAGAUCCCUGAAAUUUUGGUUUAUGUUAAAAAUUUUAGGCCUUUCAGAACUUGGAGAACAGGAAAAUAUCAAGCUUCCAAAUGUGAGAUUAAAGGAGAUUGUCCUGGAAGAGGAAAAUGUCUAUUUUAGUGAUGUCGUCCUACAUAUUUAACCUCUAGAGGUUAAGCUAGAAGCUCAUCAGUUUACAGAUAUUUCCCUUAAAAACUAAGGCCUUGGGGUAGAAAUCGGGAGUGGGGGGUGAUUGACUUUACAGUCUUCCAGAUAUUUAGUAGCAACAAAACAGACUAGGAUAUUGGUUUCCUAAAUCUUAAGCCAGCGCUCUUUCCAGUACAUCAUAGUGUCCUUUCCAGAAAGCUCUUUGUAGAGUUAAAGUUCUCUGCAAAGGUAAGGUGAUGGUUUUGGUGUUGGAUUCAGAUGGAGUCUAGGGGCCAUUUAAAAGGUCUUGGGCUGCCUCAGACUUCAAACUCUGUGCUAGGGGAGUCUCUUCCGCCUAUGGAGCUGGGUAUUUGUGGCCCCUUUGCCCUUCAUCUUUCUUUCUUUCUUGGUGUUUCUAUCCCAUUAAGACCUGGGACAGAUACUCAGGGGGGAUGGACUGACGGCAAGUCAGUUUCAUUAACAGUUGGUGUAAGGAUGGAAGGUUUCCAUUAACCUGUGGUCUCUGUCUCCUAUGCUAGGUGAGCCCCAGGUGUGUCCCAGAGGAAUCCAGGUGACUUCUCUACAGACUGCUUGCCAUGAUGCCCCACCAAGAGCGAGGGGAAUAAAGUAGGGGUCCUUCCUCAUGCCCCUCUCAUGGUCUCCUCCCCAAUGGCCUGGGUGAGGGUGGGCUGGCUGCUCUGACACCAUGGGGAGCUGCUGCAGCUGCCUGAACAGAGACAGCAUCCCAGACAACCACCCCACCAAGUUCAAGGUGACGAAUGUGGAUGAUGAGGGGGUGGAGCUUGGCUCUGGGGUGAUGGAGCUGACACAAAGCGAGCUGGUGCUUCAUCUGCAUCGGCGUGAGGCUGUCCGUUGGCCCUACCUUUGCCUGCGGCGCUAUGGCUAUGAUUCCAACCUCUUCUCUUUUGAGAGUGGACGCCGGUGUCAGACAGGCCAAGGGAUAUUUGCAUUCAAGUGCUCCCGGGCCGAGGAAAUCUUCAACCUCCUUCAGGAUCUGAUGCAGUGCAACAGCAUCAACGUGAUGGAAGAGCCAGUCAUCAUUACACGCAACAGCCACCCAGCUGAAAUCGACCUCCCGCGGGCCCCCCAGCCUCCCAACGCUCUAGGCUACACUGUCUCCAGUUUCUCCAAUGGCUUCCCUGGCUGCCCAGGAGAGGCCCCACGAUUCUCAGCACCCCGGCACCCCUCGACAAGCAACCUACGACACCCUUCACUUGGUGAAGAGUCCACCCAUGCCCUCAUUGUCCCUGAUGAGCAGUCCCACACUUACGUCAACACGCCAGCCAGUGAGGAUGACCACCUCAGGAGCCGGCACUGCCUGCAGCCCCUGCCUGAGGGUCGGGCACCCCUGCCUCCACAGGCCCAUGGUCCCAACCACCAGGACCCACAGGUGUUCUUGCAGCCAGGCCAGGUGAAGUUCGUGUUGGGUCCAACCCCUGCUCGGCGGCACAUGGUGAAGUGCCAGGGCCUCUGCCCCAGCCUGCGCGACCCCCCUCACCACAACAACAAUGAGGGCCUUUCCGAGUGCCCAGCCCAGCCCAAGUGUACCUAUGAGAAUGUCGGCGGGGGGCUGCGGCCAGGGGCCAGCUGGAGACUGAGCCCAGAGGAGCUGGGCUGGAAUGGCCUUUCCCACCGCCGGGCUGCCCUGCUGCACUAUGAGAACCUGCCCUCCCUGCCCCCUGUGUGGGAGAACCAUGCCCAGCAGUUGGGGGAGGAGGCUGGGGAUGACGGAGACUCAAGGGAUGGGCUCACACCCUCCUCCAAUGGUUUCCCUGAUGGCGAGGAGGACGAGACCCCACUGCAGAAGCCCACCAGCACCCGGGCUGUCCUCCGCAGCCAUGGCAGCUUCCCUGUGCCAUUGACCCGCCGCCGAGGCUCCCCUAGGGUCUUCAACUUUGAUUUCCGCAGGCCGGGCCCCGAGCCCCCGAGGCAGCUCAACUACAUCCAGGUGGAGCUGAAGGGCUGGGGUGGAGACCACCCCAAGGAGCCCCAGAACCCUGCGGUCCCCCGAGCCCCUGUGCCCACCACCCACCCUGCCCGCAGCUCAGACUCCUAUGCCGUGAUUGACCUCAAAAAGACCGUGGCCAUGUCCAACCUGCAGAGGGCUCUGCCCCGAGACGAUGGCACUGCACGGAAAACCCGGCACAACAGCACUGACCUGCCUCUGUAGGGACUUGCUCUGCCCCGCCCCGGUCCAGCCUCUGCCUCACGCUCCCAUCCUCUGAACCCACACACCCCAGGGUUCAGGAGUGCUUUGCAGAAGGGCAUUGAGGUGGAAUCAGAUGCUUCCUUUUGCUGGCUGGAGUCCCCAAAGAUAGCAGCCAUUGAGUCACCUGGUCUCCAAAUUGGAGAAAGAAGAGGGUGGCCAAAUGGGGGAGCCGUGAUGUAACUGUGAAAGGUUCCCAUGACUGCAGUUAGCACCCUCCCAUUAUGUCCAUUCGUCUUGUCUGUCGUCUGUGUAUUUUUUUGGUUGAAAUUUUGAAACAUUUUGUACCUGUUGAUUUUAUUUAUCAGUUUAUUUUUCUAUUUAUUGUUUCAAAUGUAAUUUAACAUAUUUAUUAUUAAUAUAAUUAUUUUUAAAUUC